AUGGUGAGGCUUGUCGUGCUCGCCGGCGUGGCCGCUGUGCUCCUCCUGCUCGGCAACAACGUCCGCUGGGCGCAGCCGCAGCCGCAGCCGCAGCAGCGGGCCGGCCAGCUUGCGCCGGCCGCGCUCACCGACGCAUGGGUACUCACCACCUUCACCGACGGGAGGGUGCUCGGCGAGGGCAUGCACGUGCUUGGCCUAACGCUCGGAGGCGGGCCGGCCGCCUUUCUGUGCGCCGGCCUGCCGACGCUCGCCUUUCAUUGCGACCGGCGCCAGCGGCGCGACGGCCUGCCAGCCCGCUUCGGGUACGCUCGCUCCCGCGACCUGCUCUCGUGGAGCGACUCGAGGCCGGUGACGGUCCCACUCCCGGGGGCGUGCAACGUGUGGGCGCCGGAGAUCUACCUGCUGACGCGCGCGGAGGCGGCCUCGCGCGGCCCUCUCUCCGCCGACGGCCGGCUCGCGGUGGCAAUGGUGGUCGUCUCAAUCUCGACGCCGGCCUCGGGGAGCGAGGAGCUGAGCGACUGCCCGUGGGACUUUGGGCCGAGCGCGGGCGCCUCGCGGCACCGCCCGUACCAGAUGCUCACCUCGGACUUCGAGCGGUGGACGCCUCCCGCGCUGCUGUUCGAGCCUCUCUACGCCGAGUCGGCGAUCGACGCGCUGCUGUUCCGAGCGCCGCACCCGCCCAACAAGUCGGAGGCGCGCGGGGCGCCGCCUCGACCCGACCGACUCUCCGGCGGGCCGGGUGCGGAGCGGACGUACGUCGUCUACAAGAGCGAGAAGAAUGGCGACCCGUCCUCGCCGUGCGAGUGGCGUCGCGGGCAGCGAGGCGCCCCGCUCGGCGCGGCUCGCUGCACGCUCGUCCUGCGGCUGCUGGUCGGCCCGUCGCCGUUCGGGCCCUUCGCCGCUGCGCCGCUCGACAGGACGCCUGUAUGGAGCGACGCAAUCUCGCACCAGAUGCCCGGGUCGCCUCGGGGCGGCCCCGCGCGGAGAGGCUCGGCGGCGUGGGUCGUCCUCUACGACGGCUACCGCACCGACUGCCCGCUCAAGCUCGCCGCACCGCCCGGUCAGCAAGCCUGCGAGCGGCUCGUCUCGUCCGGCCUCGACGGAGGCCGGCCGGCCGCCGCCUCUGCCUCCGAGCCCGCAGCACAGUGCACCUACCGCGGCCGGCCGGGGCUGGGCGCGCUGGUGAGCGACGAUUUGCGCAGCUGGCGCGACGGCGCGCACGUCGCGAGCACCAUCCCGCGCCACCACAAGCACGGCACCGCGCUGCAGCUCAGCGGCGAGGCGCUCUGCGCCCUCUGCGGCGGGAUCGGGGGGGUGGCGCCGCACGCGCGAGAAGCGCGACGGCUCUGGGAGCCGGUCACGGGCAUGAUCGAGCUCUGCGCCCGGACAGCCGCCGACACGCGCGAGCCGGCGCCGAAAAACGAAGCGGUGUGCGUGUGGAGAAAUAAAGACAUAUAA